GUGAUGGCUCCGUUCGAUUAUGUGAGUUCUCUGCCGUCCAAGGGCGUGCGUGAACAUGCCACCUUGGCUCUGAACGACUGGGUGAACACGACUCCUGAGAGCCUGGAGGUGGUCAUCUCACUUGUGUCUGAUAUACACAACAUGUCACUAAUGCUGGAUGACGUGGAAGAUAACUCUCCGCUCCGGCGCUCUGCACCAUCGACCCACAACGUUUUUGGCAUACCGCAGACGGUCAAUUCGGCCACUUACAUGGUCAUUGACGUUAUCGGACGCGCCUCAAAGCUUGAGAAUCCCGAGCUCCUGGAGGUGGUGAUCGAUGAGAUGAAGAGCCUGGUGGCUGGCCAAGGCCUUGAUCUUUUUUGGACUUAUGGAAUGUGUCCACCUACGGUUGAAGAGUACCUUCAGAUGGUCGAUGGAAAAACCGGUGCCCUCUUCCGAUUAAUCGCCAGACUGCUGGUUGCUAGCAAAAGGGAUCCGCGGCAAGUUCCUGAUUUGAGAAAACUCAUGACGCUGCUUGGGCGAUAUUUCCAGAUCCGCGACGAUUACAUGAAUCUCGUGUCAGACCAGUACAACGACUCCAAGGGGACUUGCGAGGACUUGGACGAGGGUAAAUAUAGCUAUAUCAUGAUCCAUGCGUUGCGCAAUGCACAGCCGAAAACUCUAAACAUUCUCCAAGGGUUGCUGCAACAGCGGAAAGUGGCGGGACGCGCGGGUCCCGGCCAAAAGGAACUGUUCCUUGAAAUAUUUCGAGAGACCGGAUCCCUGCAGCACACUGCCGUGUUAUUAAGGAAUAUAAGGAUAGCGAUAAUCGCCGAAGUGGAAGUGGUGGAGCAGAGUACAGGUAGAACGAACGACAGAUUAAGAAUGCUUCUGGAAGCUCUUAAUGUCUGAGCGGGCAAGUGUUGUUUGUCAUGGGUGGUUUGUCGGCCUCAUCGGCACAAAUUCUGAAACUCGAUUGCCCAGAAGGGUUUUGCCUGUUCCAGCAACAUCAAUGUUAGUAGCAGCUAGUGGAAGGGUUUACUAGGACCAGGAACGCAGGAAUCGCUCUUAGAAACCAAAACACUUUUAAGAAAAUAGAGAUAGUUUGUCAACUCCUUGGCUUAUCGGAGCAAAAGAAACCCCGAUCCAGCUAACGAUUGGUGAAC